UGAGUAUGAGAGGGACCUGAGCGGAGCGAGCAAGAACAGAGAGAAAAGGCUUGGAUUCUAACAGACAGAACUGGGGACACGGACACUCGCUGGAAUACUCCACCGCUUCCUCUGAGCAAAUGGUUUGAAAGGACAAAACUCUUUAAAAGUUUGAAGACCCUCUGUGUGUGAGUGUGUGUGUGUGUGUGUGUUUGGGAUGAAGCGCCUGUGGGGGACACACUUUCCGCUGCUCAUCCUGCUCUACCUGUUAGGAGACGUCACCUCGCAAGUUAACCCUGGUGUGUGUCGGUACCCUCUGGGGAUGUCCGGAGGACAGAUUCAGGAUGAAGACAUCUCAGCCUCCAGUCAGUGGUCUGAGUCUACAGCUGCUAGAUACGGCAGGUUGGACUUUGAGGAGGGUGAUGGUGCGUGGUGUCCAGAGAUAACGGUUGAACCAGACAGUCUUAAGGAGUUCCUCCAGAUAGACCUGCGUUCCCUCCACUUCAUCACCCUGGUUGGCACCCAGGGCCGCCACGCAGGGGGCAUCGGCAACGAGUUCGCCCAGAUGUACAAGAUUAAAUAUAGCCGUGACGGCAGCCGCUGGAUUUCCUGGAGGAACAGGCAAGGCAAACAGGUGAUAGAGGGAAACAGGAAUGCGUAUGACAUCAUGCUGAAGGACCUGGAGCCUCCGAUCAUCGCCCGCUUCGUGAGGUUCAUGCCCGUCUCAGACCACUCCAUGAACGUCUGCAUGAGGGUAGAGCUCUACGGCUGUGAGUGGCUCGAUGGUCUGGUGUCCUACAACGCCCCAGCAGGAGAACAGAUGAGUCUGGAGGGCCAGCCUGUUCACCUCAACGACUCAGUGUACGAUGGAGCUGUCAUCUACAGUAUGACGGAAGGGCUAGGCCAGCUGACUGAUGGAAUGUGUGGAUUAGAUGACUUCACUCAUAGCCACGUCUACAAUGUGUGGCCUGGUUACGACUACGUGGGAUGGACCAAUGAGAGCUUUCCCAACGGAUACGUGGAGAUCAUGUUCGAGUUUGACCGCACACGCAACUUCACCACCAUGAAGGUGCACUGUAACAACAUGUUCAUGAAUCAUAUCAAGGCGUUCCGCCAGGUUGUGUGUUACUUCCGUUCUGAGGCUGACUGGGAGGCCACGCCCCUUUCCUUCAGUCCCGUGGUGGACGACGUCAAUCCCAGCGCCCGAUUUAUCACCAUCUCUCUGGCCAAUCAUAUGGCCAGCGCAAUCAAGUGCCAGUUCUACUUCGCUGAUGCCUGGAUGAUGUUUAGCGAAAUCACCUUCCAGUCAGACACAGCCAUGUACAACACUACCCUGGCUCCCCCCAAGACUGGCAGCGGCCCCCCCACCAGCACUCAACCAGGGGAUGACCCCAUCCACAAAAUAGACGACAGCAACACCAGAAUUCUGAUUGUAUGCCUGGUGGCCAUCAUUCUUAUCCUUGUCGCCAUCAUCGUCAUCAUCCUCUGGAGGCAGGUCUGGCAGAAGAUGCUGGAGAAGGCCUCGCGGCGGAUGCUGGACGAUGAACUAACUGCUAGUUUGUCACUACAGAGCGAGACGUUCGCCUUCAGCCACAACAACCCAACAUCAUCGUCAGCACCCAGCGAGCAGGAGUCUAGCUCCACCUACGAGCGUAUCUUCCCCCUGGGCCCUGACUACCAGGAGCCCUCACGACUCAUACGCAUGCUGCCUGAGUUCUCCCACACCUCUGAGGAGGCCGCUUUGACCAGCACAGCAGUGACAGCCUCCAAGGCUCCCACUGCAACAGUUGCCCAGGACGGAGUCCCUCACUACGCCGAGGCAGACAUCGUCAACCUGCAGGGCGUAACAGGGGGCAACACAUACGCGGUCCCUGCUCUAACCAUGGACCUGCUGUCAGGGAAAGACGUGGCAGUGGAAGAGUUCCCCAGGAAACUGCUCACCUUCAAAGAGAAGCUGGGCGAGGGACAGUUUGGAGAGGUCCACCUGUGUGAGGCAGAGGGCAUGCAGGAGUUUAUAGAUGAGGAUUUCUCCUUCAACAUCAGUGACAACCAGCCAGUACUGGUUGCUGUUAAGAUGCUCAGAGCAGAUGCUAACAAAAAUGCCAGGAAUGACUUCCUGAAGGAGAUUAAGAUCAUGUCUCGUCUGAAGGACCCCAACAUCAUCCGUCUGCUGGCCGUGUGUAUCUGCAGCGACCCCCUCUGCAUGAUCACAGAGUACAUGGAGAACGGUGACCUCAACCAGUUCCUGUCCCGCCAUGAACCUGAGGGACAGAUAGCGCUCAUCAGCAACGCAACCACUGUCAGCUACAGUAACCUGCGCUACAUGGCCACUCAGAUCGCCUCAGGGAUGCGGUACCUCUCCUCGCUUAACUUUGUCCACAGAGACCUGGCCACGAGGAACUGUCUAGUGGGGAAGAACUACACCAUCAAGAUCGCUGACUUUGGCAUGAGCCGGAACCUGUACAGUGGAGACUACUACCGCAUCCAGGGUCGGGCCGUGCUGCCCAUACGAUGGAUGUCCUGGGAGAGCAUACUGCUGGGUAAGUUCACCACAGCCAGUGACAUGUGGGCGUUUGGGGUGACGCUGUGGGAGACCCUGACCUUCUGUAAGGAGCAGCCUUACUCCCAGCUGACUGACGAACAGGUCAUAGAGAACACUGGGGAGUUCUUCAGGGACCAGAAACGACAGAUCUACCUGCCCCAGCCAGUGCUGUGUCCUGACUCUUUGUAUAAGAUCAUGCUGUGUUGUUGGAGGAGGAACACCAAGGAGAGGCCUUCCUUCCAGGAGAUCCACCGAGUGCUGCUGGAGAGCCAAGCUUAGGGCCUGCACCCCUGGGCCAGCACACACAGACAGACAGACAGAUGGCUGAAACGCAUCAACAACGCAUUAGGCCUCCGUCUAUAAGUCAAAAGUUCAACUCAGUUCAACUUUUGAUGCACAGAAAAAUGACAGACAAAUUAUGAAUGGCUGUCUGUUGUCUCAGCUAGAGAAGCCAAAGUGAAAUGUAGCAAUGAAAGUUCUGCACUUCUUUAAAUGUAGCAAUUAUUCCAAAUUGUGCUAGAAAUUAGUAUAAAGUUUCCACCUUGUUUAAUGCAGUGUAAUGUAAUGUCACAUCUAUGAAUUCAAUUGUGUUUUCUUUAAGAAGACUGCUUGAAUGUAUAUCAGAUGUCUUCAUUAAGCAAACCAUCAGUGUUCAGUUUGGAUACUUUAUUUUUAUUUUGAUACUUUAAAAGUUUGUAUUCUUCUGCAAGUUUAUUCAUCUCAGUCACUCUGACAGUUUCUUUGUACACUUUGCUUAGAGCCAACAGGGAUAAUGAUCAUGUAGUCAAUGCAUUAUAUGACUCUUUACAUGAUCCUGACUUACUAUCACCCAUUUUGAAUCUGUUGACAAUGUGUCAUAUAGAAAUGGAUAUCUAACAUUAUAACAUUAUAUCUAAUCUAUUGGCUUUGAGUAAAGAGUUACAAGGGAUGAACAAAUUAAUAACAUGGGCAAUAACCAUCAUUUGACCAUAUCUCAACUGUAGUACUCUCUGGCAGUACACUUUGUCACAGUGUCUGCCAGUGAUAUUUGACCAAGGGUGCUCAAAGACAUCGGUGUGUAUGUACUUCAAUAGAUCUUGUUCAAUCUCAAAUAAUAAUGUUUUGUAUUGAUAUUUAUAUGUAUUGUUUAUAUUUCUUUGUUUAGUUUGCUUUCUGUUUAUAUAUUUGGGUACUGAUCAGCUUUUCUUUUUGCAUGGGAAAAGUUGUACAAAGUUGUACGUUGUGCAAUUUUCUAAAUUCAAUUUUGUAGUUUUGUAUUUCGUUCAAUGUCUCAGUCGAGAGUCGUUUCAGAAAAUGGCAGUUGGCUUUGUGGAAUGUGGGGUGGAGGAUAUGCCUUAAAUAACAUUACAAAUGCUGGUUCUCAUUCAUAUUUGUGACCAAAUCACUGUCCAAAUCAGAUCAUAUAUAAGCUGCAUUACUGCUGGUCCAUGUUCAGUCCAUACUGAUCAGAUCAUAAAUAAGCUGCAUUACUGCUGGUCCAUGUUCAGUCCAUACUGAUCAGAUCAUAAAUAAGAUGCAUUAGUGCUGGUCCAUGUUCGGUCCAUACUGAUCAGAUUAUGGUGCUAAUCAGGAUCCAGACUGGAGGGGAGAGGAUGGGCCAACUGUAAGUUCGGAUGGAUCUUUCGAAAGGGAAUUUUAGGAAACUAUGCUUCUAGAGAGAAGGAUUUUUUAAAUGGUUAGUAUGUUUGCUACCUUUAUACAACACAUUUUGUUCUAAGCUAUCAUUGUGUUGUAUUGAACGUGUUAAAAUGGACAGUUGUUCUGAACAGGAAAACAACUGUUUAUGAUGUAUCUCUGUUGAAAGAGAGUGAGAGCUGAAUGGUGGUUAGAGGGUUUCUGAAUAGAGUUAAGGUGAGGAUGAUAAUCGGUCAGAAGGAUUUCAGACAAUCUCAACUGCACACAAGGACAGUUGUUGUACAACAAGACCGUUACUAUAGUAGCUAUUAUGAUUAUGCAAUUUUUACACCAUUAGCUUGGAAGGUUUGAACCCUAAAUGACUUCAAUAUGUUAUCAAUCUUCAUGGUCUACAGGCCUAGUUUUGAUGUCAUACUUCCUACAAUCACACACAGAUUCAACUUUACUCAGGGGCCUUCUCCUUCUAAUCAGCAACCUUUGCCCCUGGAACUUAUUAUUCACAUUGUGGUGUCACUAUAUGUCAUUAUGGGCCAUCUUUAUAGGUUGUGUUCAGUUAUAGGCUGAGACCCAAAUCAAACACUAUUCAAGUUUCAAGUUUUAAUGUCUCAUGCACAGUGAAAUGCCUUUCUUGCAAACUCAAAACCGAAGAAUGCAGUAAUCAAUAACAAUGUAUUAAUAGAAAAAAACACCAGAGAAAUAGGAAUGGGAAUGAUGAAAUACACAAUUAAGUAAGUAAGCAUACUAUAUACAGGGAAUAUUUAAAAAGUAAGUUGAUAAUGUUUUAUUUCUGUAUUUCAUUUAUAAUUUUCUAAUUCUCUCCUGACCAUGAACUAACUUUAUAUUGCCCUGUGGGAAGUAUAUUUGUACAUAUAUUGUAGUCCAAAGGUAAUGGUCUGGUAGUCAGCAGUAUGGAUGAGGCAUGCAUUGAUAUAUAUCAUUAAGACCAAAAAUGGACCCGUUCACAGCAUCUCAAUGUUUCAUCAUGUAUGAAUGCUUUAUUAUGAUAUUACUACAGAUAUUCCAUCUAUAAAGAGAAUGAGGGCAUACUUAUUGUAUAGUAAUUAAGUUGUAUAGAGGUUAUUAGUGUUAGUUCACAAGGACAUUUAAUAAUGGUUGAGUUUUAUAAGAUCUUUGUACUCAAAUGUUUGUUUGUUUUAUCAGUAAAAACAUCGAAUUUGGUCUGAUUUGUCAUGGUAAUAAUUUGUUACAGACGAAAUAAAACAGAAAUCACCAAAAUAA